AUGUCGGACGGAGCGUCUUCCACUCCCCUUACGGCAAAUGCCAGAUCUACCCCACGAGGCGGCGGUACUGCCGCUGCCGCGAGACCGCGACCUCGAGCGGGAAUCCAACGCAAGACCAAAGCCGAACGAGAACAGUUUGCGAAAGAAGAAGCCGAACGACAAAAGGCUCGAGCAGCUGAGCAAGAGGCAGCCAAUCGCGGUGCACGAGGAGGAAGAGGUGCGAGUCGGGGAGGCAGAGGAAGCAGCGCAGCCACGCCCCAGAGAGAGGAGCCAGUAGGCGCAGGGGGUAUCUUCGGGGCGGGGUCCAGUGCAAGGAUCUCUACGAGGCCGCGUACAAGCUAUGAAGGGUACGGUGAGCUUUUGGAAAGUGGUGUGCGAGGUGGACUCCCAGAAGAUGCGCUUCAGGGUGCUUCGGCGUCAGGCAAGGCCACAACCACAGGCCGCAACGGGACUGGCCAUGCAGGAACUUCUGCAGGCGGAAGAGGUGGAAUUUCAGGUACAACAGGUGAAGUGUUCGAUGCGGCGACGGACGAAGAGCCCGACGACGACCGAAAACGAGACAUUGAGCUCAUCAUGAUCUCGAGCGAUGACGACGAAGACAUGAUCACAUCAAGAUCAAGAAAAGGGAAACAAAAGCCUACGGGUGGCAGCAAAGGAAAGCCUCGCAGAGCGCUGGGUCUACGACCAGUGCGUGCGCCGCGAGCAGACAAAGAAGCCGAAGGCCAGGAAGGAGACACGGCACGCGUCCGCAGCAAGACGAGCCGCUCCGCCAUGGGUCAGAAAUCCGACGGAGAGACUCAAGACGUCGACAGCAAAAGUGACCGAGACGACGAUACCGAGGACGCAGACAAUGACUCUCUCCAAUUCGUCAAGGAACAGCCCUCUAGUCCCGAAAUGAGGAAGCGGACGCUGAAAAAGCAGCUUGGUGCUGGCAGGAUCGGGCGGGAUGUCAAGGGCCAUGCGACCGAGACGGCCGACGAGCGCGCGGAACGAAUAAGAGCUAUGCAGGACGUACAGAAGCUGAGGGAUCUCUUCGUGGCCGCACCACCAGCAACUGGUGUGAAAAUGGAAGUUGACGAAGACGAAGGGAAAUCGUCGUCAGAGGAGUCGUCAGAAGAGGUCAUAUCCAAAAUAAAAGACGGCAAGAUGUUCCUCUUCCAACUUCCACCACUCACACCCUUCCUCGUCAACUCGGCCACCAUGCAACCGCACGACGGAGGAGUCAAAGUCGAGCCCGGAACCGACGGCAGCGCCACGGCCGUCGAUCUCAAUGUCACGAAUACCGACGCCGCCGCCGGCGGUGACCCGGACGGUCUUGCCAAAGCGACGAGACCAGACUUGCAGAUGGACGGCCUGCUCACGGCUGCCGAGCCGACGCGUCUGCCCGCGGGCAUCGUGGGCAAACUGCGCGUCCACACAUCCGGCAAGGUCACCCUAGACUGGGGCGGGACGGACAUGGAGGUCCGCUACGGCUCCGAGGUGUCUUUUCUACAGGACGUUGUCCUCGUCGAGCCCGGGCGCAAGCAAGAAGACGCGGGUGCCGGAGAGGACGGGCACGAGCACGAGAACGGUGGUGUUGGUAGUAACAGUGGCGACGAAGACCAUAACAAGGCAGAAGACGAAGAGAAAAAGGACAUCAAGGGCACCGUGUACGCCUUGGGCCCUGUGAGGAGGAAGAUGGUCCUCAUCCCCGACUGGGUCAAGUUGUACGACUGA